GCGCGCAUGCGUGCGCGGCGAAUGUGCCCCUGUCAGGGCAGGUAUCUGCAUGGCGGUGGAUGAAGUGGGGGAAAGCGGCGUCCGGCUGACGGGGUUCUCUUAGGGAUUAGCCGGCUUCUUGUCCGCCAUGAAAUCCCGUUUCAGCACCGUCGAUAUCCGGGCGGUGAUCGCUGAGCUCCGUCACAGCCUCUUGGGAAUGAGAGUAUACAACAUUUAUGAUGUGGAUAACAAGACGUACCUCAUCCGCCUUCAGAAACCAGACUGCAAGGCGACUCUUCUUCUGGAAUCUGGUAUUCGGAUCCACACCACCGAAUUUGAGUGGCCCAAGAACAUGAUGCCGUCUGGCUUUGCGAUGAAGUGCCGCAAGCACCUGAAGACCAGGAGGCUGGUGAGCGUGAAGCAACUCGGUGUUGACAGAAUAGUCGAUUUCCAGUUUGGGAGUGACGAAGCCGCCUAUCACUUGAUCAUUGAGCUGUACGACAGGGGGAACAUUGUUCUUACAGACUAUGAAUACCUAAUCCUAAACAUCCUGAGAUUUCGCACUGACGAAGCGGACGAUGUGCGGUUUGCAGUGCGGGAGCACUACCCUGUCGACUGUGCCAAAGCAGUAUCACCUCUGCCCAGUUUGGAAAGGCUGACAGAAAUAAUAACUACUGCACCUAAAGGUGAACAGAUAAAGAGAGUUCUAAACCCGCACCUUUCUUAUGGAGCCACUCUCAUUGAGCACUGCCUUAUAGAAGCUGGAUUCUCAGGUAGUGCCAAAACAGACCAGGUGGAAAGCAAAGGAUUUAAGUCAUGGGAUUUGUUAGACCUUAUAGUUUUGGCAGAAGAGUGCAAUUUCAUGCGAUGCGUUCCUGCCAGCAAUGAAUUGAAGACCGAAAUUGACAAGGUGAAAGGUGAGCUUGUGGAGAUGAACCUGGAGGUAGUGGACCGAGCCAUCCAGGUGGUCCGGAGUGCCUUAGCCAACCAGAUUGACUGGACUGAGAUCAAUGCCAUUGUGAAAGAGGCCCAAGCCCAGGGGGACCCCGUGGCCAGCGCCAUCAAAGAGCUGAAGCUACAGACAAACCACAUCACCAUGCUCUUGAAGAACCCGUACGCGCUCUCGGACACGGAGGAGGAGGCGGCAGCAGGAGAGGAGAUGGCAGAAGAGUCCAAGGGGAAGAAGAAGCAGAAGAAGAAAAGCCAACCACUGAGGAAGCCCCUCAAGAACCAGCCUUUGCUUGUGGACGUGGACCUCAGCGUGUCUGCUUACGCCAAUGCCAAAAAGUAUUACGAUCACAAGAGACACGCGGCCCGGAAAACUCAGAAGACAGUGGAAGCAGCCGAGAAGGCCUUCAAAUCGGCAGAGAAAAAGACCAAGCAGACUCUGAAGGAAGUCCAAACAGUUACCACCAUCCAGAAGGCUAGGAAGGUUUACUGGUUUGAGAAAUUCCUGUGGUUCAUUAGCUCUGAAAAUUACCUUGUUAUAGCUGGAAGAGACCAACAGCAAAACGAAAUGAUCGUCAAGAGGUAUCUGAGGCCAGGUGAUGUCUAUGUCCACGCUGAUCUUCACGGAGCCACCAGUUGUGUCAUCAAGAACCCAACAGGGGACCCGAUCCCACCGCGGACGCUCACCGAGGCAGGCACAAUGGCUCUGUGUUACAGCGCGGCCUGGGACGCUCGAGUCAUCACUAGCGCCUGGUGGGUGUAUCAUCACCAGGUAUCGAAAACGGCCCCCACAGGAGAGUACCUGACCACAGGAAGCUUCAUGAUCAGGGGUAAAAAGAAUUUCCUUCCUUCCUUC